GAGAUUUCACUGACGUGUGUCACCAACGCAAAUGAGAGGAAUAACAUUGUAUUGAAAUAAAUUAAAGAUGGUAUGUUAAGGCAACGUCGGAGGACAUGAAGAUGCACUAAAGUCACCGGCAUCAGGUCCACGUUUACCCCCGACGUCAACCCCGUUACGUAAUGUUAAAACCGUGUACCAGCUCUCGCGGUGUUGCUAAUGGAAGAGUCAGAGUGUCAACAACGGCCAGCUAUCGAUACAGCAGCACUGUCCGGAGCAGGGAGGGGGGAGUCAAGAGGCUAUAACGUCUGAACAUUUGUCUGAGAUGGGGGACGAUCGGCCCUUUGUAUGCACUGCUCCUGGAUGUGGGCAGAGAUUCACAAAUGAAGACCACCUUUCAGUCCACAAGCACAAGCAUGAAAUGACAUUAAAAUUUGGUCCGGCCAGAACGGACUCCGUUAUCAUUGCAGACCAGACACCCACCCCCACACGUUUCCUAAAGAACUGUGAAGAGGUUGGGUUAUUCAAUGAGCUAGCCACCUCCUUUGAAAAUGAGUUUACCAAAGCACACGAAGACGACCAGAGGACCAAACACCCGGCGGCACCUUUACAAACACCGUCUGAAGUCAAAGUUAAACAUGAGGGUCCUUUGCAAGUGGAUUCUUCCUCUCCCGGAAGUCCAGAUUCCUCCUCCAGCAUGUCAGACAACAGCCGAGACUCGAGGGAGAUUCUCACAAAGCCUGUGGCAAGCUCUGCGCCCACUCCAACCAUUGUGCGACCAGGUUCUCUCCCCCUUCACCUGAGCAACGAUGCACUUCACCCAACUCUUCCGUCUCCAACAUCUGUCAUCACGCAAACUCCGCCCUCCAACCGACAGCUCAGUUCCCCAACAAGUGCUUAUCCAUUAGUGAGGCUUCCUAAUGGGCAAACGGUCCCCCUCCUGCCCAGUCCUGGUCAGAUGACCUCAGUCAUAUCUCUUGCGAGGCCAGCGACCUCGGUGCCCAACAUCCCUGGGAUUCCAGGACCUCCAGUGGGCGGGGCCAGCAGUGGCUCAUCCUCCCCAUCUGGGUAUAGUCUGCACUCAGAGACCAAGAUGAGGCUUAAGGCUGCUCUCACUAAUCAGAGCCCAGGAGCACAAGAUGGGGCUUGUGGGGGCGCAGGAUCCAUCCCGGCUGUCCCCCAGCGACCGGAGCAGGGCCAACAACCCACUCAGAACUCUGAUGCCCUCUCACCUGCGCAACCCCAGGAUUCCCUGUCAACCCUCCUCUCUCCCAAGGUGUCUCCUGCUCAGCCAACAGGGGGUCGUCGUCGUCGAGCUUCAGAGAUGGACCCCGACGAGAGGAGGGAGCGUUUCCUGGAGAGAAACCGGGCGGCCGCCUCUCGGUGCAGGCAAAAAAGAAAGCUGUGGGUUAACUCUUUGGAGAAGAAGGCGGAUGAUCUUGCCGGCAUGAAUGUGUCACUGAGUAAUGAAGUGAGCCUACUGAGGAACGAGGUGGCUCAGCUGAAGCAGCUCCUCCUGGCCCACAAAGACUGCCCAGUCACUGUUAUGCAGAAGAAGGCAGCUUUCUUAGCUGCAGGAGGAGAGGAAACCUCCAGAGAUACUUCCAGUGAACCCAUAAGCUCCCCGGCGGCGGUUAUACAGCACGGGCCGUCGCCGCCCGCCGCGGCCUGCAGUCCGGGGGCCACCAUCAACGGGCUGAGCGUCCGCGCUGCGGAGGCGGUGGCUAUGUCGGUUCUGGCGGGUAUGGGAUCGAGCCAGCCAGGAGGGGUUGUCUUGGCGACGCAGUCGCAGUCAACCCCAAGAUGAUGUGCCGACAGGUAGCCAGUAUGAACUCGAGUGGCGUCUGGAGGCUGGACUGGGGCAAGGCGAUGUGAAACCCCCCCCCCCACGGCCAGUGCCAACCACACAGACACAGUCCCAGCUGUUCAGAGACGCUACGCCACUUUCUGUUUGUAAAUAGGAUAACACGCCGGACACUCGCUUUGGGGACGGUUUGCGGUCAUUUCUUGUUCACUCGUGACAUUUGGAAACACGUUUUAGAUUGGGAUGAAAAUGAAUGAAUGAAACUUUUAAUGUCAAGUUCAUUGGUGUAUUUUCAUCCAACAUCAGUCCCUCACGCUGGCUGUGAUGAGGUUUUUUGCUUUCCAGGCUGACAACUUUACAUGUAUUUUUCAUGGGUGUGAAAGGAUUAUUAUGCCUGAUUCUGGUCGUCGAGAUAUUGUUUGCUGAUGCAGUGAAAGUACGGUUAGAGAUUGGCUGGCUGAUUUCGCUCAAUGGCAGCCUGGAAAGUUUUGUUUUUUUAAUGUUUACUUUACUUUACAGCCUAUCUUUGUGUUUUCUGCCUGUUUCCGUUUUCAGUUGACUCCUUAAAUACACGUGAUGGUUUUGUCAGCCGAGUGCUUAACAAACCAAUCUCGCUGUGUUCACACUUUACCAUGUGAUUGUGUGCCUGACUUUUUACAAUCAGUUUUUUGGAAUGGACGUCAUGACAUUAGUCGUGUGUAUCAAACCUUUUGACCGCAUGGAUUACUCAAGGCAGAAUACCACUGUUUGUUUGUGCUUCAUCCUACCAUCACUGUUUAUAGGCCUUCUCUUCUGUUUUAAAACAUGAAAUUACUGAUGCAAAAAUGUUCCUUUUUAUUUAAGGAUUCCAUCCUCAGUCCUAAUGUAACACUUUUGAAAUGGUUAGCUUUAGAAAGCCUUUAAAUGAUAAUCAAAAUAUUAGAUUUUAAAUCACUUACCCUGGUAUUUCAUUUGAAGAAAGUAGUGCAAUAUAUUUUUCUAUUUAAUAUAAAUGUUCUUGCAUUUGUUGUGUGAAGCCCGGCCGCUUAGAGGGGUUUUGUCUAUUUCAGUUAAAACUAAAGUUCUACGGUGAGCAGAGAAGAUGUGAAUGAAUGAGUGAUAUAGGUGAUAAGUGCUUUCCAACAUUUGAAAAGCUGUCUUGUAUCAUGAAGUAUUCCCAAAUGGUUGUCCUAGGUGCUUCUUUUGAAAUUCAAGUUUUAAAAUGCAAAUUUUAUACCGCUGUGUACUUCCAAGACUAUCAUGGUUUAUUUCCCCUUGUCACUCUGUUUGUAUGUUGUAUUUUUUAUAAGGUUAUUGUUUUGACAGAUGCUUAUCAUUCUCUGAGGGCAUGUCAGGCUUCUUUUUCCAUCAUGUGUUUAGAAUGUCCUUUUUUUCUUUUUUUCUUGUUAAAGAGCAUAGGUGUCACACCUACACAUAAAAUAUCUCUGAUGUCUGUAUGGAGAGAGUUUGUCAAAUACUCAGGCUUCAAGAUGGAAAAAAAAACGUAUGUAUAGUCUGGGUAUGUAUGAAUAAGUUGUCUCGGGCAAAUAAUAAAGUAAAUUAAUGAAGAAAAAAAAGUAUUUUUCCACC